AGAAUUGCGAAAGAGUCACCAUAGAAGAAGCGAACAGUUCACGCAAACCCACGAAGAAGAGCAACGAGGAAGUCUGAUACAUAACUUUUGUUGCCAGCUAAACUUCAGAAUUAAACCAACCAGCCUACGUGUCUGUCAACAACCCGAGGAUCAUCAUGUCUUCAGGUGCCCUAUUCCCCAGCCUGGUAUCAGGCUCCCGGGGCUCGUCCAGUAAAUAUCUGGUGGAGUUUCGUGCCGGUAAGAUGACCAUGAAGGGUAGCACAGUGACACCGGACAAACGUAAGGGCAGUGUGUACGUCCAACAGACGGACGACUCCCUCAUCCACUUCUGCUGGAAGGACCGGGGAUCUGGAAAUGUUGAUGAUGACCUGAUCAUCUUCCCUGAUGACUGUGAGUUCAAGAAGGUGAGCCAGUGUACCACUGGGCGUGUGUUUGUGCUCAAGUUCAAGGCUGGAUCCAAGAGGCUGUUCUUCUGGAUGCAGGAGCCUAAGUCGGACAAGGACGAGGAGUAUUGCCGUAAGGUGAAUGAGUACCUGAACAACCCUCCCAUGCCUGGAACACUGGGCAGUGGAGGCAGUAGCAGCCACGAGCUGUCAGCUCUAGGAGGUGAGGGUGGCCUGCAAAGCCUCCUGGGUAACAUGAGCCACACACAGCUGAUGCAGCUGAUUGGACCAACUGGUCUGGGAGGACUUGGUGGUCUAGGGGCCCUAGCAGGACCAGGUCUGGCCAGUCUGUUAGGCAGUGGAGGCCCUGCUACCAGCUCCUCAUCCUCCAGCUCCCGUAGUCAGUCUGCGGCCGUCACCCCCUCCUCCGGUUCCACCACCACCCGGAUCAGUUCGACCGUGGCCCCCACCACUCCAGUUACCCCUGCUGCCACCUCUGCUGCCUCCCCCACUGUCACCCCCACCACUCCUGCUGCCCAGACCCCCGUCGUGCCGGCAGCCGUCGGCUCCCCCACCCAGCCCAUCCAGCUCAGCGACCUGCAGAGCAUCCUGGCCACUAUGAACGUACCGGCCAUGUCGGCUGCCGUCGCCGUGCAGGGAGGUGACGUGGACCUGGCCAGUGUGUGUACCCCGGAGAUCAUGGCUCCUAUCCUGUCUAACUCUGAGGUACAGCAGAGGCUCCUACCCUACCUGCCCUCGGGAGAGUCUCUACCUCAGAGUGCAGAAGAGAUCCAGAACACACUCACCUCGCCACAGUUCCAACAGGCGAUGAGUAUGUUCAGCAGUGCCUUGGCAUCAGGACAGCUCGGACCUCUCAUGAACCAGUUUGGUCUGCCCUCUGCGGCUGUUGAUGCAGCAAACAAAGGAGAUGUGGAAGCGUUUGCCAAAGCCAUGGAAGGGACUGACAAGGAUAAAGACAAGAAGGACGAUGACGAGGACAUGAGCCUGGAUUAGAAGAUCUGACCUGGAGUCUCUUGACACGUGUCCUUCUGUUACUUACCGAUAGUCUGGAGUGUUGCCUCAAUGAAUAUUUAGCAUUUCUCAGAUGCAUCUUUACAGAAAAUGCACUGUGCCAACGAAUCAAUCGUCUUUGAAUAGCUUGUGUGUGUGUAUUCAAUGCAUUUACAUUAACAUUAAAUUAAUAAAAGUAUGACAAUUACAAA